AUGCCACAAGGAAGCAUUCAAUGGCAGGGGACGCAGAGAAGAGCCUGCGGGCCUGGGGCUAAUUGGAACGUGCAGGUGGUGAGAGGCAAGGUGACAACGCGGUGCUUGUGGCACGCCUGCAAAGCUCUUGGAAUUGGGCUACUGCUAAUGCUUUUAGGAGCUUGCAUGGCGACUAUAGGAUAUUAUGCAGAUCAGUUGUCUGUGGCGCAAGAGAUCAGAGGUAAUAUCACGGUAAAAGUGAAGAACGAAUCGCGUGGGUUUCACCUGAAUAAUCUGAGCUACGCUGGUCCUGUAGUUAUGGGUCUGGGAGGCUUCAUUGUGGUAGCUGCCUGCGUGAUGACUUUCGAAGCGCGCGAUAGCGCGGCCAAGGUGGUUCCAGCUCGCUAUCGCUACAGCCAAGCAUCAACAAUAAGGAGUUCGAAAAGCCAACGCAACAGAAGGUCGACAUCGAGCCAGACAACAAAAUGGGACCAUCAGCUGGGCCUAUUUAGGGUAAACCGCAGCCCGAGUCCCAGUACGCACGAAGUCUCCAGGAAACAGCUGACGGCGGAGUUCAUGCAGUUCUCAAAGGAUCUGCGCGAGAAAGGUAUAACGCACUCCAUAAAGAAGAGCCCGAGCGCACCAACAUUAAUUGACAAGAAGUCACCGCGUCGAAGAUCGCCUAAAUACGCGGGUUGUUCGCUACUUAAUCCAGAGUUGCUGCAAAGACACGCUCUUUCGGUCGACAAUCCAAGCUACAGUCCGCAUCAGGUCAGCAGAGAAAGUCUGGAGCAUCAAAAGAUGAGUGGUAGUCAAGCCUCAAUGGCGAUGGAUCUGCAUAUUCCGAACAAAGGUCCUGUUACGCUUAAAGUGAAGGACCGAUCCGACACAGCGAGACGACAUCAGCUGCUUCGUCAAACAAAGGUGGAAGACGUCGAGGAAGUUGAUGAAGCUGUGCGACCACCGCCGACUCUCGUGCACUCGCCUAAAUUGCCAGGUGCCUAUUGCAGAUAUCCAGACGACUUUGUGCCAAGAAAAAGAAAUUCGAUAGACCUGAGAUUAUUGGAAGAAUUGACGGUGGUAACGAAAGAAUUUAGUAAGGCCUCGCCACGAGACUUCCGCAAAAUCUCCUCACCAAACUUCCGUAAAAUGUCCUUCGACAGAAUCGGGGGUGAUCGUCGCUUCGACAGAACAAUGGGACAUCGAAAAGCUAGCUUCGAGUUUCGAAGAAGCCCAGAUUUUCGAAGAGGAGACUAUAGGAAACUCUCGGUAGAUAGAUUCAGCGUCGAUUGUACCCGAUACAUGUUUGACGAGACAGAAAUGAAGUCACGAGCAAGCAGCGGGGAGAAUUUGCGAAGGCAAUCACGUCAUCCUAAACUACAUCAUUCCAGAUCGGACGACAACAGACGGCGAUCCUUUGACAGGCAUUCGAAGGAUCCACAGUCGAGUCGACAUUCCCUGAACACUCAAGCCAUUAUGAGUUCCGGAUCCGAUUGCGAGCCAAAAUACUUUACGACAGUGUCCCUUGACACCGAGGAAAGCCGUGGCGAUAAUUCUGAUGAGAGUCACGUUGUAGAUAUUGAGGAAGCGAAUGCUAGCGCUUUGUCAUCUGAGGGACCUACGGAGAAUGACAUGCUGCUUGAAGAACCAGAAUUGGAGAACGUCACGGAGAUCGACGUGGAAAGCUCGGGGGACGAUCUCGACAAUGGGAAAAUCGAAUUGCGCAGAUCGACAAGCGAGAGGAUCGAUACGACGUUACAAGGACAAACUCCCAUAAUUAUCGCUGAUGACAUGGAUUCGCAGACGAUAGUUAAGGAAGCGUCGCACAAUUCAAGACAAAUCGAGCGUAAUGAGAAAUAUGAAACAACCUUAUACAUAGAAGAUGACGAAGUGUGA